AUGGCGUCUCUUAUUGCUCUUAGUGAAUUUGGUAAAGUCAGACAUUCCGAAUAUGUUGACCAUAAAUCUGGCAUUGAUGACAUGCAAUUAAAGAUCUUAAUGUCCCGUUCUUCAACAAUCUACGUUGGAAAUCUUAAUUUUAGCACAACAGAAGCUGCAAUCUAUUCAGUUUUCUCCCAAUUUGGUCCAAUUAAGCGUAUCAUCAGAGGCGUUAAUAAACUUACAUUAACUCCUUGUGGUUUCUGCUUUGUAGAAUUUUUCGAUAGAGCAUCAGCUCUCGCAACUCUUGGUAAAUCAAUCAAAAUCAAAAUAGAUGGAGAAAUUGUUCGUUGCGACCUUGAUCGCGGAUACGAAGUUGGCCGUGAAUUUGGUAGAGGUGCUUCUGGUAACCAGGUACGUGAUGAACACAAAUUCCGUGGUGUUGGACGCCAGAAUCCAAAGAGGCAACGCUUUAACGAUCGUCGUUAA